AUGGAUCGACGCCUGAAUGCUGACUUCUAUACAUUUAUUUCUCCCGUAGUGGACCUUCGCGCUUAUCUGGAGGAAGCAUACGCAACCAAAGAAAAAGUUGAUGAUUUCUUCCUGGUUACUGCACGUGAUCCCUCUGCAACGACAAAAGCUGAGGAUCGUAGCUUCGACAUGAAGAAAGACUUCGCAGCUAUCGCGAACUGUAAACCGUGGACAGCGAAUAAAAUAUUUGACGGCGAUUUGCAACCAACAAGAUUUCUUGCAUGUCCACAACAACGAACCUAUGAAGAGAUCAAUGGAAUACACAAUAUUCCUCCGAAUCCUAAGUUGCGAGUGCAGAAGUGA